AUGGGUGCACUGCGACGAGUCAAGAACAAGCGCCGGACGAGACAUUCUUAUGACACCCACUCACUCCAGCAGGGACUACGACCAGGUCCGCGCCGACCUCGACUCCCCCGGCACCUGGCGCAGUACAAGGCCACCAAAGAUGCCGAGGAUCUCCCUGGCCUCGGUCGGCACUUUUGUGUCGAGUGCUCCAAGUGGUUUGAGAGCGAGUACAACCUGAAGGCGCACACCAAGGGCAAGAACCACAAGCGGAGACUGCGGCUGUUGCGCGAAGAACCGCACUCCCAGAAAAUUGCCGAGGCGGCCGUGGGACAAGGCAUAAUCGAUAAUGGCAAGAGAGCGGAGGAUACGCCGGUUGCGAUGGAGGAGUAA